GACGCGCCGCCGCCGAAGGUCUCGAAGGACCUCGCGAACGCGGUCCAGGACGACUGGCGACGCCAAGUCCAGGACGACGCGAAGCACCGCGCGGUGAGGCAGAUGGAGGGGUACGACGUCUUCAAGAACAUGGUCAGCGUCGCGCACCUCCGCCCGUAUCACGCGGAGAACUUGAGAGAUCACGGAGGCGGCGUCCCGCCCGCGUUCGCGUUCGACGCGGACGGGAAGCACGCGGGGCCGCCGCCGACGCCGGGGAGCGGCGGCGCCGCGUCGUUGAGCGGAGGAGGAGGAGGAGGCGGCGGCGGCGGUGGCGCGGUCGCGUUCACGCCGCCGACGAACGCGCUCGCGUUCGACAAGACGUGGCGAAGGGAGUGCAAGACGAUCGAGCAGAGGUGGCGGUACCUCGGCGGCGUCGACGCGGCGAAGCUCAGGGAGAUCUUCAAGGUGGAGAUCACGGGGGUCACGCUGGGGGACGUCCUCGUCGCGCUGAGCGAGGGACUGCUUUCCAUACGACCCCGUUCGCGUGGUGCACGCCGCGGCGGCGGCGGGGCGGCGUCGUGCGCGUCGCGCGUGAUCGACGCGUUGAGGGCGCUCGCGGUCGCGGGGCGGUUCUCCCUCGCGGUGAAGCUCGCGAGCGCGAGAGCGAAGAGCGGCGUGAGGGAGCUUCUGGACGCGUUGGAG